AUGACACGUAUGACCGAAGAAGCAUAUACUAAAUCUUUUUCCUGUUUAAAUACAUUGUUAACACGCAAUUUGACAAAUUUAAAUAUAGUGUUAGAUUUGGAAUUAGCAGCUAUUAAUGCAUUUACAUAUGUAUAUCCUUCAUGUAAAAUAACUGCCUGUUUUUUCCACGUCUCCCAAUGUCUGUGGCGUAAAAUUCAACAAGAAGGUUUACAGACAAUAUAUUCAACAUAUGUUGACUUUGCAGUUAAUGCAAAAAUGUUGGCAGCAUUCGCUUUUGUACCCCUUCACGAUGUAGUAAAAGCAUUUGGAGAACUUGUUGACUAUUUACCUGAAUCUAUUUUGCCAGUAGUAGAUUAUUUUGAAGAUAAUUUUAUCAGUAUAUUAUAA